CAUAAAUUUCUUCAUUUUGUCUUCAUACCUUUCUCCUGUAUGAUUCUUCUUGUAAGUUAUGUCCCUCCCUCAUUCUUUCUUGCUCAUGUACAUUCUCUCCUGCACAGACAGUGUGAGGCUGGUGAAUGGUAGCAGUCAGUGUACUGGUAGAGUGGAGGUUCUUCAUAGAGGACAGUGGGGAACAGUGUGUGAUGAUAACUGGAAUAUUAAAGCUGCUGCAGUUGUGUGUAGAGAGCUGGGUUGUGGAGAAGCUGUAGAUGCGCUGCAUCAGUCUCACUUUGGAUCUGGAUCAGAAUUAAUCUGGAUGGAUGAUGUGGUCUGUAAAGGAUCAGAGUCUACCCUGAAGAACUGUGCCUCAGCAGAGUUUGGCAUUCAUGAUUGUGAUCAUAAUAAACAUGCUGGAGUCAUCUGCUCAGAAGUCAGACUGGUUGGUGGUUCUCGCUGCUCGGGGAGAGUAGAGGUGCUUCACGGGAUGACCUGGGUUAGAGUGUGUGAUGCUGACUUCAACAAGCAGGACGCAGAGGUUGUGUGUCGGGAGCUGGGCUGUGGGCCUCCUGUGGAGGUGCUGGGAGCAGCUACCUUUGGCAUGGGUGAGGUGCAGGAGUUGACAAAGGAAUUUCAGUGCAGAGGCAGCGAAUCUCAGAUUCAUUUAUGUCCAAGGUCUACACUGAAACACAACUGCUCCCAUUCUAAUUAUGUGGGGCUUGUGUGUGCUGGUAAGAGCUUAAAAUGAACAUUAUCUUAUUUAUAUUUUUUAAGUAUGUAUUUUUUUUUUAAGUAUAAUGUAUGUGGGCAUACACUAUACUGACCAAAGUAUAUGGACAUCUGACCAUCAUACCUAUACAUUGGCCUUUUCUAAACUGUUGCCAUAAAGUUGGAAGCACAAUUGUAUCCUGUAGCAUUAAGAUUUCCCCUUUACUCUAACUAAGGGGCCCAAACUUGUUCCAGCAUAACAAUGCUUCUGUGCACAAAGUGAAGUCCAUAAAGACAUGGUAUCUCAAGGUUGGUUUAGAAGAACUUGAGUGGCCUGCAGAAAGCCCUGACCUCAACCUCA